CCAGGAUUUAUGGCCUGGUACGGUCUGCCAUAUGGAGCUGUGCUACCAGAGACUUUCAAUCAUAACAUAAGAGGAGACAGUCCUCUGCAGUUUAGCUUUGGGAAAUAGUAUACUCACUGGCUCUGCCGAUCAAAUCAGACCUGGGGGAGGGUUUCCUCUACAAAGUAGCGUCAGUUGGUAACAAGUUGAGACAGGAUUUUGGCUGAAAGCUCAGUAAAAUACACUGAAGAGCCCCAAAACACUCAUAGAUGAAGGGAAAAACAUAGAUUAUCUUGUGACAAUGGCACUAGGACCAUCAAUUAUUUUAGUAAUCGAGUAUUCCAUUGAUUAGUCGAGUAGUUGGAUAAGAAAUACUUUUGCUUGACUGAACAGCUGAAGUAAAUAUACUAUAAGAGAAAUACUAUAAGAGAAAAUAAGACAGGUGUUCAGUGAUUGUGUUUUUCAGCUUGAAAUGAAUCCAAACUUUGGACACUUUGGCCCAAUCCCAUUUCUUACCUCUACGUUGUUUUCGAGUGUAAGCGCUUACAUUUGACAUUUAUGUGUCUCUUUGGUUGCUUGUGCCAUCUUAACAAUGAUUCGCAGGGCAUUCUGGGAAACCUCAUAACAUUUCAUUUGUAGUGUCACUUCUGAAAAAUCUCUGUUUGAAGGCCCAAAUAGCCCCAACACUUCACCCGACCCCUCCGUUUCAACAACAAUCGGGACAAUCCUACCCCUAGACGUGAACACACAAAACGGAGGGUUAGAGGCAAGAGGUGAAAUGGGAUUGGGCCUUUGUUUCUUCUGUUUGCCUCUUACUAUUUUCCCUCUUCUCCAUUUUACACUCUACACCAUCAAAUCAUGUCUCCUUCAGGUCACCUGCCCACAGCAUAAGAACCCUGAGUGACAGUAUUAAUCUUCCAUGUUGAACACAGUGAGCUGGACAUAGUUAUAUGGAUUAGAUGAAUCUUCAAUGCAAAGAAUUUGCAUAGUUGAUUGUUAGUAAUUGAGUUUAUCGAGUUUUGUUGAGAAAUCAAUUCAGAACUAAAUGGCACGUCAUGGUCUGGGAUGUAUUAGACAGAAUGUAAACAGUUGAAUCUGGAUGUAGGAGAAAUGGGCAGGCGUGAAGACUUGAGCAAAUCUGACAAAGGCCAACUCGUCAUGGCCAGACAACUGGGAAAGAGCAUCUUUAAAACAGAAAGGCUUAUGGGUGCUCUGGGUGCUCCCAGUCAGAAGUGGUGAGUAUGUAUUGACAGUGGUCUGAGGAGAGAAACAAACUGCUGACAGGGUGCUGAGCACCCAAGGCUCAUCACUGUGGAGGCUUUCCAAUCCGGUCUGAACCAACAAAAGAGCUACUGCAGCACAAGUCAGAUAAACUUAGAGUGAUGAUUACAGGAUGGUCACAACCCACUGAGCAUUUCACACUUCUGCUCAGAGGGCUGUGCAUCUGCAAAACGCUAAGAGUGCUAACCUGCAGCCCAAAGUGGCCACCUAGCCUCCAAAUUGCCCAGAUCUCAAUCCAAUCAAGUAUGUGUGGCAUGUGUGCUGCUAACAUCUUCCUCAGGUUUCUCCUGCAUCAUGCUGAUUGAAGGAUCAGAAUUUGGUGCAACCAACAUAUCAUGCUACAAAGCAUGUUCUCACUUCAUGCCACUAGCUCGGUCUUAGCUGGGUGUGUUCAUGUGAAAACAUGUAGCAAUGAUCAUUGCUAAGCAACCUGGUUCAUUAAGCUACAUGCAUGCUUAAUCCAGGAAAUGUAUAGAUCUCUGAUGACAUCACACAAUAACACUACAGCCAGUUUGGUAGGCAACUUUGAGUUCUUGCAGGAGAACAGGGACGUUUGAUAUGAGAUAAAGCUACAAUUAAAAGAUGUGCAACACUAGCAUGAAAGUUUGUGCUGUGUUGAAUUCACACUUUAACCACGUGAUGUUCCUCUGCAUGUAAAACAACCAUGUGACUUGUAGGCACAGCGCAGAGGGUCUUAUCUGUCACAAUCCCACUCAGUGUGCUCACAGGUCAGUUUCUCAAGGACACUCAUUUGUUUAGAUGAUGAGGCCGCCUGAACACACAGUGGUACACAGACCAGCACAGAGGCGCUUGUAGGCAUUUUUGGCUGCCUGAAAACUUUAUCCACAGACCUCAUCUCAUUUUCUGUAGCAGAAGCACAACAUUAAAAUGUGACCUUAAAAACAUUAAAACCUUGAACUUACUUUUUAUUUGGCUAUAGCUCCAUAUUUCUAUAGCCUAUGUAGUUCUGUCUUUUAUUAAUCCCAGUACUAGAGGUGACCUGGAUCUGAGCAAUGUGUUUUCUUCAAGACUAUACUCAGAGAUGGCAAACAGCAACAGGGUAGCCACGGUGACAACUUUAUUUUACACAGAGCACAAACCACAGGAACUGAUCUCUCUAGUUAGAAAUAAAUAAUAAAAAUAGUUCCUGGAGACAGAGAGCAGUGACAAAGAUGGGUGUCAACCUUUAGGAAAUGCCUAAACUUCCUGUCCUGAGAGCAAGUAAACAGAAAUAUCACCCAAACAGAGCUGAAGACUGUAGUGGUGACUUCAAAUCUAUAGAUAAAGCAAAAACAAAGCAAAAAUCCACUGAAUGGCAUCAACACGUUUACAGAAGAUCAAAGAACCGAAGAUGAAUGAGGAUAUAUAUGCAAAUUCAGGAAUUAUAACAGACAACACAUCAACUCAUUCAGACGACAGCAAUGAUUAUGAAGACAUCUACGCCAAUGAAGAUGUCCCAGAGACGGAUGUGACCGCAACCCGUAAAGCAACUAUGACCUCAGGAAGCAGAUACUACAGACUGGCUGCAGUGUGUCUGGGGCUGCUGUGUGUUCUCCUGCUUACUGGCAUCACAGUGCUGUGGAUCAAGUUCAACAACCUGACUAUAGAGAGAGACCAGUUACAGACCAGCUACACCAGCCUGACUAUAGAGAGAGACCAGUUACAGACCAGUUACAUCAGCCUGACUAGAGAGAGAGACCAGUUACAGACCAGCUACACCAACCUGACUAUAGAGAGAGACCAGUUACAGACCAGCUACACCAGCCUGACUAUAGAAAGAGACCAGUUACAGACCAAUAAUGACAACAUGAAGAAUGAGAUGGGCCAAUUACAGAAAGAAAAGGAAACACUUCAGAAGAAACUGUCACUAUUAGAGCAAGAAAAGAUCACUUUCAGGGACAGUUUCUACUACAUCUCUACUGAGAAGAAGAGCUGGAGCGCAAGCAGACAGUUCUGCAGAGAGAGAGGAGCAGACCUGGUGAUCAUAAACAGCAGAGAAGAACAGGAGUUCAUAGGUAAAGUAUUUGGCUGCACUGAAGCUUGGAUUGGUGUGACAGACAGACACUCAGAGGGGGAUUGGAAAUGGGUGGACGGCUCAGCUUUGACUACUAGUAAGAAGUUCUGGUUUAACGGGGAACCCAAUGAUUAUGAAGGAAAUGAGGACUGUGCUGUAUCUGGCUAUAAAGGUGCUGGAUCGGAACGUGUGUCAACCUGGGCUGAUUAUCCGUGUUAUCACCAUGAAAUUAAAUUUGUAGGUAUCUGUGAGAAAAAAAAAUAAUUUAGUCUACAUGAGACUAAAUUACUAAGACAUCCUUUGGACUCUGCUACUUGCAUGUUAUGUCAGUCAUUUGGCUCGACUCAUCGCGUUUGGUAUAUCCACCGCUCCUCCAGAACUCGACUCACCUUGUUGACCUUGUUGUCCAGAACAACUUUGACAUGUUAACAAAUGAGAAUAUCGUCGUAUGCGUUCACAAGUUUACCCAUCAUGUCAUGCAGGACGUUGUUGAUGAAAGUCUAGAAGAUGCAGGAGCACUGGAAAGGCCAGCAUUACUAAGUGUUCAUAGUGCCCCCUGGUGGUGACAAAAGCAGUUUGACACUGUUUUCGCACUAGGUUAUCUGCACUCUUUAAAUCUAAUUUGGUGAAAUAUUGAGUCACUCUGACUUGCUUAAGUGUUACAGGGAUGAGAGGAAGUGGGUAGGUUUUUUGUGAUUUGGUUAAGUCUUAGGGAAUCAGUGCACUGGUGAAGACCACCAUCCUUUUUCUUUACAAAAAAGAAACCAGAAGCCACCAAUGAGGUGCAUGGUCUAAUAAAGCUUUGCUAUAAUGCUUCCCAUAUGUAAGAAUCCAUGGCUCACUCCUCCUGCAUCAAGGGAUAUAAUCUAGACUUUCUCAGUUAGAUCAAUAGCACAAUCAUAGAGGUGAUGUGGAGGUAGUUUUGUAGCAUUGCCCUUACUGAAAACCUGUAGAAGGUCACUGUAUUCCUCAAGAAUGUUAAGAGGGGGUCGAUAGAAGAGAAAUGAAAGGCUGUGUGAUAAAUCAUAAUCUGACCACAACAGUAGUUGAUCUGAUCAUAAUCUGAGCAUAAAAUACGUGAGUUGUGUUUCUCUAGCCAAGAAAGACCUAAGAUAACAGAAAGUCCUAAAGACUCUGGAUGGGUGAUCUCAAACACUGCAUGGGUUCAUCUCUGUUGUUGGGAGAACAGAUCUUGUUUCCUUCGGGAAGCCAUAGUCUGCUGUUUGGCGUCUCUACAGGCCAGUUCUGUUAGAAUGUCAUGGUUGAGACCAUCAUGGUUGAUGUCACUAACACAGCUGGCUCAUUCCACGACGAAGCUUCUGUGCUUCUGAGUAGGCCUUGUUCUGUUCUCAUGGGUUUAUUGAGCAACCAGGAUAGAAUCCUUUCGUUCUCACCCUAACAACAACCACGGAUUUAGUUUUUUCCUAGCCAGUAUUUUUUCUACAUGAUAGAUUUUAUUUUCAGGCACAACAAUUUUCUGCAUUUCUUCUUCAUAAAAGAACCCUCUAUCAUUUCAUUAUCGUGGUCUCUUAGUUUACACAUCGGCAGGUCUCAUUUAAUAGCUUUAUCCACAAAAAAAUAUUCACCUGUAAAAGGCUGUUCAUAACCUUUCAUGAAGGGUCUGCGUUCGUUGGAAAUCCAAACCAGGUUGUCUACUUUAAACUUGGAUGGAUUUUUUUGCCAUACAAAUGAUGAAACACCUUUAUUUGAUUGGUCUCAUUCACCUCUUGCAGGCGCAUUUGAAUAGAUCUAUGAAAGGUGUCAUUAUAAGAACUGAAUGUAUUAAAAGCUGUAAAAUAUCUAAA